AUGGCGAGAUCAGAACGUCCUAAAGAGUCGUGCGAUUUCGGCCAAAGGCUUAUCCCCCACAUCAUCGACGAGCGGGCCAUCACGAACCCAGAUGAGGCAUAUGCCUCUGUGCCGAACACAGGUCGGCCACAAGAUGGAUUUAAGAACAUCAGCUAUGGUACUUUUGCGAAUGCAAUUAAUUGCUGUGCAUGGUGGAUUAAGGAGCAUCUGGGCAGCGGACCAAACUUCGAGACUUUGGUCUAUGUUGGACCUAAUGACCUCCGUUUUUCUAUCCUCACCGUUGCGGCGGUGAAAACCGGCCACAAGGCAAUGUUUAUCUCGCCCAGGAACAGCCUUGCAGGACACUUGUCCCUUCUUGAUGCAGGCAACUGCAAGAGUCUGCUGGUUUCAAACGGCGCGCCUAGGUUCGUGGACGAGAUCCUAGGCCAGCGACACAUGAACAAGGUCCUUGUCCCGGACUUGGAUUAUUUCUUGCAGGGUCCAAAGGCAGAGCUUUAUCCCUACGAUAAGUCUUUUGCAGAGGCCCGAUAUGAGCCUUUGGUGGCUCUACACACGUCGGGCUCGACGAAUCUCCCCAAGCUGGUCACAGUAAAGCAUGGCACGGCGGCGGCCAUUGAUGCGCUUCAAAGGCUCCCACUGCAGGGUGAACAUGCGACGAUCCCAAGCUUGUUCAGCAACAAGCGAGUCUUUGUACCGUUUCCUCCUUUUCACGCAGCUGGGCUGUAUAUCACCCUUCCUCUGGCUGUCUUCUAUGGCUUUACAGUAGUCCUGCCACCGACUGUUCCAUUGACAGCCGAGGUGGCUGACGCGGUCCACCUUCAUGGUGACGUUCAGGCGACAAUCCUGCCGUCAUCGGUGCUCACCGAUAUCACGAACGCUCCUUCUCAGCACGCAAACUUGGGCACUCUCAGCUUCGUGGCCUUUGGAGGCUCAGCGCUUCCCAAACCCGUCGGUGAUGGAAUCAUAUCUGUGUCAAAGCCAGUCAAUUGGUUGGGAUCCACAGAGCUUUGUUUUACUCCAGCAGAAAUCCUAGAUGCUGAGGAUUGGGAGUACAUGAAGUUCAGCCCUAUCAUGGGUGCCGAGUUUCGACCUUUCGACGAUGAACUAUAUGAACUUGUAAUAGUUCGCGACCCGUCACUCGAAAUUUACCAAGGAGUCUUUUACACCUUCCCAGAGCUGAGUGAGUAUCCGAUGCAAGACCUAUAUUCUAAGCAUCCGUCCAAGCCUGGCCUGUGGCGCUAUCGUGGACGAGCCGAUGAUAUCAUCGUCUUUGGAAACGGGGAAAAGACGAACCCGGUGGCAAUGGAGACCAUGAUCGAGUCGCAUGGAAUGGUGAGGUCUGCUCUAGUCAUCGGACAGGGACGCUUUCAGUCCGCAUUACUGAUAGAACCGACAAAUGACAUCUCGAGUCCAGAAGAAAAAGAAGCAGCUUUGGAUGACCUUUCCGAGAUUGUGGUGAGGGCGAAUUCUGAAUCGCCGGCCCAUGCGAAAGUUUCAAAAGAACUGAUCAUGUUCACCUCGCCGGAAAAGCCAAUGUUGAGGGCCGGAAAAGGAUCAGUCCAACGAAAGCUGACCCUGAGGCUGUACGAAGAGGAGAUCAACAAGCUGUAUGAGUCUUUGGACGUUCGAGAAGAUCCCUCUGCCACCCUACCAUUAGACAGCUUCGAAUCCAUUCGUUCCAGCUUGGCGGCCCUGAUAUCAGCUGCCACCAGUUUUGAGCUCGAUAGCUUCGACAGCGAUUUUUUUCGCAACGGAAUGGACUCCCUGCAGGUCAUCAACAUUGUUCGCGCUGUGAACGCUACCCAGAACAACACGAAAAUAACCGCAAGAACAGUUUAUGCAAGCCCUACUGUCACGAAGCUGGCACAGGUUCUCUUGCCUGCGGGUGUGAGCAACAACCUCAACGUACAGGACGAAGAUCAAAUAAAGCGCAUUCAGGGCAUCACCAAGUCGAUCUCAUCAGACCUCCCAGUAAACGCACGACGCCCCAUGCGGAGCGAUAGCACGUUCACUGUUGUUUUGACCGGCUCCACGGGCUCUUUGGGUUCGUUCUUGCUCCUCAAUCUGCUGCGAGAUCCAAAGGUGGCCAAAAUCUACUGCUUGAACCGCUCUACAAAUGCCCAAGAAAGACAAGCAAAAUUUCUCGACCAGCGAGGAUUUUCCAUUGAUGCCCUGCGUGAGAAAGUCGAAUAUCUACACAGCAACUUCGCUGAGUCCUAUCUGGGUCUUGCAUUGGCCAAAUAUAGCGAGUUGUUGGAACGCACGACUCACAUUCUGCACAGUAGUUGGGAAGUCGACUUCAACUUGACAUUCGACUAUUUUGUCGAUACGCACGUCCGUGGAGUUCGGCGCCUGAUUGAUUUCUCCGCGCAUUCUCUUCGCGAUGCCCGCAUCUUCUUCAUUUCCAGUCGAGGUACAGUGAGUCAGUGGACCACCAAGCAUGCCAGUACAGUACCGGAAGAGGUACUGCAUGACUGGCAGGUGCCUGAGUCCAUCGGUUAUGCACAGUCGAAGUUCGCCGCAGAACGCCUACUUGACGACGCACGUAGGGUUGCAGGGAUCAACUGUGCCAUCUGCCGCGUAGGCCAGAUUGCUGGGCCAGUCUCAGAAAAUGGCAUUUGGAACAAACAGGAAUGGCUUCCUUCACUGAUCGCAAGCUCGAACUACCUGGGAAAGCUUCCUUCCUCCCUCGGCCCUCUCGAUGUUGUGGACUGGAUUCCGGUAGAUUUACUCUCAAACAUCAUCCUGGAUCUAUUGUUCAAUACGUCCGGUGAUCUGUCAAGCGCACCGCUGAGCAUCAAUGGUAUAAUCUCACCGGAUAAGACUCCAGAGUCUGGUUCUACGGCUGUUUUCCAUGCCGUAAACCCUUCGAGGGUCUUAUGGGCGGACCUGAUGCCGGCAGUCCUGGCUUGUCUGGACGACUCAGUGAAGAUUGUCACAUUGGAUGAGUGGGUGGACACACUGAAGUUGAGCUUGGAAGAAACAAAGGAGAUUCAGCACAAUCCAGCAGCGAAAUUGUCGGACUUUUUCCUGGCGUGGAGAGAGGCCUCAGUCCAACCUCUGCUGGACACGACAAUUACCAUGCAGAGAAGCCCUACUAUGGCUGCUUUGAAACCUGUCACCGCAACAUGGAUGCAAACAUGGAUGAGGCAAUGGGGUUAUUGUCGCCUGCACCUGACGUAG